AUGGCUAUGAACAAGGUGCCCGGCCAUAACAUCUAUAUCGGAGGCAUAUUUUCACUGAGGAACAAGGCUGCCCUGAGCAGAGCAAAUAUUACACACGUCCUUUCAGUGAUACGAAUACAACCAACAGAUGACACGUUUUUGGCCUAUCAACACCACCAUAUUGAGGUCGAUGACAUUGACGAUGAAAAUCUACUAGAACACUUCCCGUCUGCCAUCGAGUUUAUCCAGUCUGGCUUGGACGCAGGUGGCAGCGUGCUGGUUCAUUGCGCGAUGGGAAAAUCUCGGUCUGCGGCUGUCUGCAUUGCAUAUCUCCUGCAUCAGAAACGAAGUGCGCUUACGCCGCAGUCUGCGCUUGCUCUCAUCAGAGAAUCUCGACCGCUAUGUGAGCCUAACCCGGGAUUCAUGGAGCAGCUUAAUGUAUACCACCAAAUGGGCUGUCCCGAUGAUGUUACAUCACAUACCCUCUACAGCCGCUGGCUUUAUCGUCGAGAAGUUGAAGAGAGUGUAGCCUGUGGACGUGCUCCUGAGAUGGAAUCCGUUUUAUUUGAAGACGAACAACCGCAUAAACCUAUAGGUUCUGAUGGUCAAAACACUGAGAUCAAAUGCCGCAGGUGCAGGCGAAAGCUGGCGAUCGCACCCUUCGUUGUCCCACAUGGGUCUCAUGGAGAUCCUAAAGGGGCAAUAAAUUCUCAAUGCGCUCAUAUAUUCAUGAGUCCACUGACAUGGAUGCGGCCAAGUCUUUUCCCUGAUACUCCUGAGGGUGCGCCUUUGUCGGGCCGCCUGACAUGUCCCAAUAGCUCAUGCGAUUCCAACAUUGGAAAGUUUGCGUGGCAGGGAAUGAAGUGUAGCUGCGGCGAUUGGGUUGUUCCUGCAAUCGGCCUGGCGAGGGCGAGGGUAGACAUCUCUGAGCCGGUCACCAUCCGACGGGGCCCAGGAAGCUUACCUUCCGGUAUCCGCUUACCACCAAACAUGAGGCCAAGUGGUAUAGACGCCUAUAAUACCAAGCCUGAAAGUGAAAGGGAUCCCACCAAAGGCAGCCUUUAG